AGUAUGUGACAUUUUGACAUUUAUCAAACAAGAACUUGUAUUGUGAUUGCGAAGUGUUUCACGAUUUUUUUCAAAUUUGCAUUUGCUUUAAUAAUUGUGUUCGACGAUCGUGAUUAACUUCUAACAUGGCACUCAGGAUCUCAAAGCUAACCAGGCAGUUGUAUGCAAACAAACAAAACCUUUUCAGAUAUUACACAACAUCCACACCGCGACAAACAGACUUAGAUACAGGAAAAGCCAGUGCUGGAGGUUCCACCGUUAACAUUCCUUCGAAUGAUAUCGUUACCAAAUUGCCACCAUUAUCGGAUCCCCUGCCGAAUCUUCCACCAGUGACAUACGCAGUUGCCAAACCAGAAUAUAAUCAAACGCAAGUGACAACACUUCCAAAUGGACUGAAAGUCGCAUCGGAAAAUCGAUUUGGUCAAUUCUGUACGGUCGGUGUUGUCAUUAAUUCCGGUCCGCGUUAUGAAGUCGCCUAUCCAAGUGGAAUUUCACAUUUUCUUGAGAAAUUGGCCUUUAAUUCUACCCAAGCGUACGCGGACAAAGACAAUAUUUUAAGAGAACUGGAGCAACAUGGUGGCAUCUGUGACUGUCAGAGUUCACGAGAUACGUUCGUGUAUGCAGCGAGUGUUGACAGCCGUGGCUUAGAAGCCGUGACUCGGGUAUUAUCCGAAGUAGUCCUGAGACCGCAGUUACAAGAUUUCGAGGUGGAUUUAGCACGACAAGCCAUUUUAUUUGAAUUAGAAUCACUGAAUAUGCGACCAGAACAAGAGCCGCUGUUGAUGGAUAUGAUUCAUGCAGCUGCAUAUCACGACAACACUCUUGGAUUACCGAAACUUUGUCCCGAAGAAAACGGAACAAGGAUCAGUCGUCAGACGUUGUUAACCUACUUGAAACAUCAUCAUACACCGGAAAGAAUGGUUGUGGCUGGCGUUGGAGUCAAUCACGAUGAAUUAGUGAAAAAUGUCGAGAAAUAUUUCUUGCCCAACACUGCGACCUGGAAUGUCGAAACAAUUUUACAGAAAGGAGCUGAUUCCGUUGACACUUCGAUAGCUCAGUAUACUGGCGGUGCUAUUACUGAAGAGUGUGAGAUACCGAUUUAUGCAGCGGCUGGACUUCCCGAAUUAGCUCAUGUUGUUAUUGGUCUCGAGGGCUGUUCUCAUCAGGACAAUGACUUUAUUUCCGCUUGCGUUCUUAACAUUAUGAUGGGAGGAGGUGGAUCAUUUUCUGCCGGUGGUCCUGGCAAAGGAAUGUACACAAGACUGUACACAAAUGUAUUAAAUCGAUACCACUGGAUGUACAGCGCAACAGCCUACAAUCAUGCAUACAACGAUUCCGGUCUAUUUUGCAUUCACGCCAGCGCACCACCAAACCAUGUCCGUGGAAUGGUAGAAGUUAUCACAAAGGAAUUGGUCACAAUGGCAACAAAACCGGGCGAUCAGGAGUUACGUCGAGCCAAAACACAAUUGCAAUCGAUGCUGUUAAUGAAUUUGGAAGCACGUCCGGUUGUUUUCGAAGAUGUUGGAAGACAGGUACUUGCGACGGGAAGUCGAAAGCGUCCCGAGCAUUUUAUCAAAGAAAUCGAAGCCAUCCAAGCUGACGAUAUUCAACGUGUGGCCAGACGAUUUUUGUCGUCUCCACCAUCGGUGGCUGCUCGUGGAAAUAUUGAAGGAUUACCGGAAAUUAAAGACAUUCAACUUGGUUUGGUUAGCUCCGAUGGUCGGUUACCGAGCAUCAAACGACUGUCUUUGUUCAGAUAAAAUUCAAUUGUGAUGUAAAAAUAAAAAUGUAGAGUUGCGUGCGUAA